CAGUUGAUGUUGUUAUGGAAACUGGUGUCGAGCCGGUGCGCGAGCGUGUAACAGAAAUAGAAAUAUCCGCUUAGGUCGCAAACAUAGGCCAUGUUUGUGUAUAAUUGCCCUGAUAUUUCCGGUUUACCUGCUGUGGUUCUGUGUGCACCGGGGUCUGUAAUCAUCUACUGAAGACGGUUGGCAGGCAGCAGCUGCUCGUUUACGGAAGCGCCCUGUCUGUCUCGUGCCGUCCCGACCGUCCUCUUUAAUUUUGAAGGGCACGAGGAAGGCACAGGAGGACACAGGCGUGCGCGUGCGGCUGCCACUGCUGCAGCCUGUGUCUUUAAACGCAGGAGGAGACAUUUGUGUUUCUGAGAUGUAGCCCGCCUGGCGAAUCUGUCGCCAGCUCCGCUCCAAGCCCACCUGCUCCUCCUCCUCCCUGUCGUCGCCCUGCUGAGGAAGGCGCUGGGAUGCCGAUGGUUUCAACUGGGAGGCGACUGGAAAGGAAAGUUCAGUGUUUGCGGUUAACGUUUCACUUCCUCUUCUUGUAAUUCCUGUAAAUUCACAUCCUCCACCGAGGCUGCCGAGACUCACCGACCGCUACAUCUGCAGAAACGGUUUACUCCUGAUCCAUCAGCUGUUAAAACCCUCAGCACAGAGGAGCCAACACAGAAAUCUUAAGAAAUGGACCAAGAUAAUCCAAACCAAAGCCAAACGGAAGAAGACAACCCAAAGGGAGCAGCAGAAGCUUUAACAACAACUCCAGCUUCAGCAUCAGACACAGCAGCUCCAGCCACAGAUCCCACUGCCGCUCAGUCUGCAGGUCCUGCCAGGCCUCGACGGCCCCAGAGAAGCGCCAGAGUAGAGGGCUCUGUAGACAUCUCUGAACCCAAAGCUGAGCCCAAAGCUGAGCCCAAAGCUGAGCCCAAAGCUGGCCCCACUCCAGUGGCUAACCAGGGCGAGAGCACUCCUGAUGGCUCUGUGGCAAGUCGUCCCAAGCCCUCUCGCCCUGGAGCAGUCAAACCCACAGGAGAGCGCAUCGGGCCCGGCGAUAAGGUCGGUCCUAGAGGACCCGGCCACCACCCGGUUAGGGCUGCCUCAGUGCCCCACCAACCUGCCGGCAGGCCUGUGGCUCCUCACUUGAACCCUCAUGCACAGAGAGCACUCUCUGUCGCAGGUACAGCUGACACUCAGGCCCAGACUGUGGAAGACUUCAGGCUGCACAUCAUCACUUGGAACGUGGGUUCGGCCACACCACCUGAUGACGUGACUUCCUUGCUGGGGCUGAAUGUGGGUGAUGGAAACACAGACAUGUACAUUAUCGGGCUGCAGGAAGUGAACUCUAUGAUUAACAAAAGGCUGAAAGAUGUCCUCUUCACAGACCAGUGGAGCGAGGUCUGCAUGGAGAGACUCAGCCCCUUUGGUUAUGUGCUGGUGACCUCCCAGCGGAUGCAGGGAUUGUUACUGCUGGUCUUUGCCAAGUACUUCCAUCUGCCCUUCCUCCGCGGAGUCCAGACUGAGACCACCCGCACUGGCCUGGGGGGUUACUGGGGGAAUAAAGGUGGUGUGAGUGCCCGCAUGUCAGUGUUUGGCCACACCAUCUGCUUCCUCAACUGCCACCUGCCGGCUCAUAUGGAAAACUCUGAGCAGCGCAUGGAAGACUUCGAGAGCAUCCUGCAGCAGCAGCAGUUUGAGGGCCAGGCCGCCACCGGGGUGCUUGACCAUGAUGUGGUGUUCUGGUUUGGGGAUCUGAAUUUCCGCAUCGAUGACUUGGAUAUGCAAGUGGUAAAAUCAGCCAUCGACAACAACAAGUUCACAAUGUUGCUGGAAAAGGAUCAGCUCAAUAUGGCCAAAGACAGUGAGACAGUGUUGGAGGGUUUCCAAGAAGGGCCGCUGAAAUUCCCUCCCACCUACAAGUUUGAUGUUGGAACAGAUACAUACGACACAAGUGGGAAGAAGCGUAAACCAGCUUGGACCGACCGGAUCCUGUGGCGCCUGAGAGCCACUGCUACUGCCGGCGCUGCUCUCAGCGCAGGGAAGCGUAGCUCCGUGUCGGGGCUGACCAGCGGGACCAAAGUGACACAGCACUACUACAGAAGUCACAUGGAGUACACCAUCAGUGACCACAAACCAGUCUCUUCCAUCUUUACCCUGCAGUUCCCAUACAAGGUGGAUGUUCCCCUGGUCACACUCAUGGUGGAGGAUGAGUGGAACAGUAUUGCUGAUGCCACAACAAAAUUCAAACUUGCGCCCAACUACCCUCGCAGCUCCUGGGACUGGAUUGGACUGUACAAGGUGGGUUUCAAGCACCAUAAGGACUAUGUGGGAUACGUGUGGGCGAAGCAAGAGGAGGCAGAUUUUCAGCGACAGGAACAUCAGGUAACCUUUACUGAGGAGGAAUUGCCCAAAGGCUCAGGGGACUUCAUCUUGGGUUACUAUAGCAACAACAUGAGCACCAUUGUGGGUGUAACAGAGCCAUUUCAGAUCCAGCUUCCCACUUUGGGUCUUGACGCCAGUUCUUCUGACAGCUCUGACUUCAGCUCAGAGGACGACAGCACUGUUGUCCUCAUGAAGACAAGGUCCCGCAGUCCCAGUCCACGCAAGUCCAAGCACCGCAGUCAUCACAGCGCCAGCCACAGUCGCAGCCGCAGCCAUUCUGGAAGCCCCCCACAGAGCAAAAUGAAGGUGCUCAAUGUCACUGAUGGUGCUCCGUCCAGCACCACAACAGCUGAUAGUGAGUCCACAGGACGUCCAGCAGAGGGCAGCAGCAGCCAGGCAUCUGCUCCUGGGGAGAAGGAGAAAGACACAGAGGGUUCAGGGGUGUGAAGCACAACCUAGUCCUGCUGUUGUCACAGGUCACAUAACCAACUGUUGUGUCUUUUAUUAACUACAUCCACUACACUGUAUGUUUUCUGUGAAGAAAUUAUACAGUUUCUGAUGCCAUCCUUUUCAGGAACAGCCAUCUGGUUCGUCCAGAAGGCUUACUUUGCCUUGAGUUGUUCUAUUAAGCUGUGCACAUUGUAUAUUUUUUAUUUGUAAACCUUUCACUCUGUCCUGUGUUUCUUCUACCUUUGUCCGUUCUCAGGUGUGGACAGUACAGGGAGCUGACACCUUGCAUUGGGAAAUACUCAAGGAUGUUAUAGUCAUGUAGAGUACAAGAGUGGUUACUUGAUGCUUUUUAGAAACCAUCUUCCCAAUAUCGCAACAGUGAUUUGAAACUCUGCACUGACGUUACUAGCAGUCAUGUCAGCAGACUGCAUAUCAACGACAGCUUUUGAGACAAGGAGUAUGACAAACUUGACACAGAUAUUGCUCACAAAUCACCCAGUUUGCUUUAGUUGUGGAACAUGUAUUUGAUAUGUAAAAAAAUCUGCUCAGACUGAGAGACGUAGUGGAAAAAAGCAUUUCAUUCCAAAACAUUCUGCGGAAGCAUCACCAGCUCUGGCAACAAUCACAUGUGUUAUCAGCUUCUGCAAAUUUACAAAUGGAGAUAGCCAUGCAGUUUGACUUGGCAGUAUUGGUCCACUCAUGUGGAUAGUCCCUGCUUUGGAAAUUCAGUAUGCAUUACACAGCAACGUGCUACACAUACAUAACACACAGGGAGCAUUUCAAAUGAUCCACCAGUGGGAUUAGAGUCCCUCCAAGGUGCGUGAAAAAAAACAGAGCAGAACCAAAGUGGGUGGAGACUGAGGUUCAGGGGGCUCGGCCGGCAGCCAUGGCAGCAGCACAGCACAUGUCAGCGCAGAGAGAGAAUGUGAGCGUAAAGGCCUUUAAAUAGACCGCCAAAUCAGUGCAGUGGGAUGUGAUGGGUGUGGGAGGCUAGCUGUCAGCUAACAGCAAAGCUGUCCUGCCAGAAUUAGUUGAUAUAUCGUUGGCCACCAACUCCGCUUGGCCAACUUCAGUGGUAACCACUACAGCAAUAUCUGACCCAGGAACAUUUACAGUAUAUUGCUUUGACACACAUACCUUUGUGUGAGUUAAUAAGCCUUAUUUAACGCUUGCUUUACAGCAGCAAAGCUCCUUUUGAAAUGAUUUACCCAGAAAACAAAAAAAAAUACACAUUGUAUUUGCUUUAUUCCAUUUCUGAUAUGUCUUACAUUAACUUUUUUUUUGUUUGCAUAAUGCAUAAAGAUAGUCAACCUGGAUAUCUCUGACACAUAUGAGCAGAAACUCUACUAUGUAGAGCAACUACAGGGCUUUGCAUUAUACUGUAAGUAUGAUACAAAGCUGACAUGUUCCACUAUUGUGAAAUAUCACAGUGCUAAUGUGAUAUUUCAAAUAAAUGAAAUGAUCCUAUGUAAUGCCUUAUGUUUGGUAUGAUUUUCACUUUUGCUUUCUUGUUUUGGUUUCUUGGUUUUUCAGUUCACUGUAUUUGAUUCUUUCUUCUUUCUCCAAUCCUCCCUAACCGAUCCUGGUGGUUAGCUGACAGUGACAAUAGUCACAGUAGUCGUGUUGCAUUGUUACCAUGUGACCUCUGACGCACCAUCUUAGACACUUUGUUUUUUGGGGCUGUUAGCGUAGGACAGUGUACACUGUUGUAGCUGUAACCUCAGUGUGUAUGUCUGUUAUCGGUUUUUGUGUGUGUGUGUGUGUGUGUUUUUAUGGGCGUGUGUGUGUUUUGGAUGGUGGAGGGUGUGUGUGUUUGUGUGUGUAUGCAGCUAGCUGUGGGAGUGAAAGGGGUGUGACCGCGUUUGCAUGGUUUGCUGCUGAACAUACUCUACAUUCCGGUACUGUGAUUUUUGUGCCGUAAAGUGCUGUUUUUGACUUCUCUUUGUUAAAAUUGUGGCUGUGAAAAAUUGUUAGAAAAACUUGGUAAGGACAGUAUAAUAGUUUAACUUCAGUGUAAGUGUUAGGUGAAGACAUUGCAGGACAGUGAUGCUUGCAUAAAUCUGAAAUUGUUCAAAUCAUUUCAUAGUGCAUUCAUGUAUUUUCUUGUUUUGGAAAUGAAAAGUCUAAUGGACCUUUGUUAGAGUAACAUGUUUAAGAAGAUUAAGAUUGUAUGACUUUGUCCUACUUUAGGUAAUUUAGAUUAGUAUGGUCAGUUCUGCUGUCAUGACUAUCGUGAAAUGUUAACGAAAAAAAAAAUGCUCUGUCUACAGAAUGUUAUUGUUUUGUAAUUAUGUGGCUAAAAUAGAAGAAAUAUGUAUGUAAAGGACAAAUAUUAAGUAUGGUAGAAAACACAAAAUAGAAGACAAUCUAUGCCACAAAGAUUAUUUUAAUUAAAUUAUGUAUUUAUUUUCUUAUUUACCUGUAAAAUGAGCCUGAAUUCUGCUGGCCAGUGAGGGAGCAUUAUUUAAAUGGAUAUUAGCCUAGAGAUUAUUGAUAAUUAUUUUCUUGUUCUACUAGGAACUAUGAAGAGAGAGCCUGAUUUCUCUGGUUUCCAUUUUAGUAAAUCAAAAUCAAAUGUUGCUUUUAUUGUCUGAAGUGUAGAUUGUUUAGUCUACGGGUCUUUGUAUAAUUGUGAUGAAAUUGAUAAAAGAAAAAAUAUAGCAAGCCUGUGAGACACUAAUUGUUGGCAUAUGAGAAUUGUUUAUCUCUGUGAAAUCAUCUGAUCAGCGAGGCGAGACGGAUUUUUUAAAGGGGUUGCUUGCUUUGUUCUCCAACCCAAAACCUAGUGCAACACUGUCCAAAGAAAUAAUAUACUCCCCUUCAAAU